AUGGUGUUGGCUAAUGGACUCAUCAAUAUAAUACAUGUCCUUCUAUCUUGGGCUUUUGUUUUACAUUUUGGGCUUGGUAUAAAAGGAGCUGCUAUUGCAAUUUGUGUCUCAAAUUGGGUUAAUGUGCUACUAUUGCUACUUUACAUCAAGUUCUCCUCUUCAUGUAAAAAGACUUGGUCAUGUUUAGAAUCAUGGACAUUUGAAGUAAUGGUGUUUCUGUCUGGUGCUCUUCCCAAUCCAACACUGCAAACUUCGAACUUACAAAUGACCACUCUCAUAUUUGUUGGACAUUUGAAUCAAGAGUUGCUUCUUGCUGGUGCUUCUUUGGCUCUUUCAAUUAUCAAUGUCGCUGGUUUCAAUGUAUUGAUGGGUAUGUCAAGUGCACUAGACACAUUUUGUGGUCAAGCAUAUGAAGCAAAACAAUAUCAUAUGGUUGGAAUAUAUACACAGAGAGCUAUGUUGGUUAUCACACUUGAGCUGCUAUUGCAAUUUGUGUCUCAAAUUGGGUUAAUGUGCUACUAUUGCUACUUUACAUCAAGUUCUCCUCUUCAUGUAAAAAGACUUGGUUUAGAAUCAUGGACAUUUGAAGUAAUGGUGUUUCUGUCUGGUGCUCUUCCCAAUCCUGCACUGCAAACUUCGGCACUUUCUAUAUGCAUUAAUGUACUUGGUUCCUUUUGGAUGAUACCAUUUGGAGUUAGUGUUGCUGAAAGUACAAGAAUCUCAAAUGAAUUAGGAGUUGGAUAUCCAAAUGCUGCAUAUGUAGCUGUUUUAGUGACCUUAAUGAUGGCCUUGACAUGUGGAGUUGUAGACCUUGACAUGUGGAGUUGUAGAGUUUGCUUUGAUUAUUUCGAUGCAUUUCAAACAACACUUCAAGGUGUUGCGAGAGGAUGUGGUUGGCAGAAGCUUGGUGCAUAUGUUAAUCUAGGAUCUUUUUAUCUUGUGGGAAUUCCUCUUUCCGCUUUAUUAACUUUUGUUUUCCACAUGAACAGUCAAGGGCUCUUUUUAGGUCUUGUAACAACACUUGUUGUGCAAGUUGUGUGUUUUCUUUUUGUCACUUGGCGCACUGAUUGGGAGAAAGAAGUAAAUAAAGCAGCAAUAAGAGUAUGA